GACAGUGAGGACUGAGCGGGCCAGUCCUCAGUGUGACCCGAGUCCUUCUACCAUACCCCCCGUGGAAAAUGCAUAGCACACGUAGGAUAAAGCCUUUCUGGAAAGGGCAUGAGACUCUGUGUGUGGAGUUGCCUGGGCUCUCUUGAGUCCACUGGGUGGGAUACAGACCUUGGUGGAGCCAAGGGCAGGGCUUGUCCCACUCAUAGCUUUCUUUCCUCCCUCAGCUCAACAGGCUUCCCCAGUGCCUGCCCUUCCCCAAGCAGGGAACUUAGGAGACCAAGCAGCAGCAAGUGUGCUUCAGAUGGUCGGGCCCCAGGGCUCUGCAGCGUACGAGUUCCUGUGCGUGGACUAUACUCAGAAGAAGUGGAGAGGUCCAGCAGUCAGUCAGAGAGCCCUGUACCGGAACGUCAUGCCGGAAAAUCACUGCAGCGCGGCCUCCCUGGCAGGUGAGAACAGAAUGGAGAGUUCAGAGUUGCCUGCAAAGCAGGAAAUUUCUAAAGGGUUGGAGUCAUCUGAUAGAUUAUCAGGAGGACUCUAUGGGGUGGUUCCUGGAGGACCAGAAGCUGGAGAUGCCUGUGAAGAUGCUUUAGAGAAGCUGGAAGGGCAACCCUCAGAUGAGGAAGGGAGCCAACUCGAAAGUGAUUUCUUGGAAAUAACAUAUGAGAAUAAAAAUAAAUCCACUGAAGAUGGGUGUGAUAUAUAUAAGGAACUUGGGGCACAUCCAAAUGUGUCUUCCCAUCCUGCAGAACAUCAAGGAGUCCUGAAAGGACAGAAAUUCUAUCGAUGUGGUGAAUGUGGCAAAACUUUUAAUUGGAGUUCACACCUCAUUGGGCAUCAGAGAAUCCACACUGGAGAGAAACCCUAUGAGUGUAACGAGUGUGGUAAGACAUUCAGGCAGACCUCUCAGCUCAUAGUUCAUCUCAGAACCCACACGGGGGAAAAGCCCUAUGAAUGCAGCGUGUGUGGAAAGACCUAUCGACACAGCUCCCAUCUCAUUCAACACCAGAGACUCCAUAAUGGGGAGAAACCUUAUAAAUGUAAUGAAUGUGAAAAAGCCUUCAAUGAGAGCUCCAAACUGUUUGACCACCAAAGAACCCACACUGGGGAGAAACCAUAUGAAUGCCAUGAGUGUGGAGCAGCCUUCAGUCGGAGUAAAAAUCUUGUCCGACACCAGGUACUUCACACUGGUAAGAAACCCUACAAGUGUAAUGAGUGUGGGAAAGCUUUCUGUUCUAAUAGAAAUCUCAUUGAUCAUCAGAGAAUCCACAGUGGGGAGAAGCCUUAUGAGUGUAAUCAAUGUGGCAAGGCCUUCAGUCGGAGUAAAUGUCUUAUUCGACAUCAGAGCCUCCACACUGGGGAAAAACCAUACAAAUGUAGUGACUGUGGGAAAGCUUUCAGUCAAAUCUCUCAGCUUGCUGACCAUGAGCGAAUGCAUACUGGAGAAAAACCUUUUGAAUGUAAUGAGUGUGGUAAAGCAUUCAGUCUGAGUAAGUGUCUUAUUCGACAUCAGAGACUUCACACAGGUGAAAAGCCCUAUAAAUGCAAUGAAUGUGGAAAAUCCUUCAAUCAAAACUCAUACCUCAUUAUACACCAGAGAAUUCACACUGGUGAGAAACCUUAUGAAUGUACUGAGUGUGGGAAGGUCUUCAGCCAUAAUUCAAGCCUUAUGGUACAUCAGAGAACCCAUACUGGGGAGAAACCAUAUAAAUGCAGUGAGUGUGGGAAAGCCUUCAGUGACAGCUCACAGCUUACUGUGCACCAGAGAGUUCACACUGGAGAGAAACCCUAUGAAUGUAUUGAGUGUGGGAAAGCCUUCAGUCAGCGUUCCACUUUCAAUCACCACCAGCGAACUCACACUGGAGAGAAGCACUCAGGUGGGGCUCGGUCAGUUUCUUAAGGCAUAAAUCUCCAAGACAGCAAGGAACUUUGAGUUAAGCUUUCUUUAUAAGAAUGCUGCUCACCCUGGUGUCCUCUUGGAACCACUAAUUGAAGUGGGCAUUUCCCAAAUGCUUCCUGCUGGGUCAUAAAGGUAGGAGAGUGGCAGUAACAGUGCACUCCUUCCUCAGUAAUGGGGAAGUGAGGACUACACAUUUCAUGUACUUGUAGGUUUCCUUCUUUCUUUUUUUUAACUGUUUAAAAAUCUAUUUCAUGUCUUAGUUAUAUAUCACAUAAUCAGACUGUGUGCUUCUCAAGGACAGAGAUUAUAUCUCCCUUUUUCUAUUCCAGUUAAUCCGUUUCCCCAGUUACAUAAAGUCGUUCUCUGAAACGGAUUCCUCCUUUUCUGACUCUUGGGUCUGGCCUUUUUGAAACUUCUGUUCUAAUCUAGACCCUCAUCACUUGUUCCCUACCUAGAAACCGUUUCUUCUUCCUGUUUGCUAAUCUGUGUCCCUCAGAACCUGUAAGAUCCAGUUCAUCUCUGAAAGACAUUUUUCUUCAGAUGCUUCUUCCUUCCUCCUAAACUUCUGUUGAUAUGACCUCAGUGCUUCAAAUUAGCCUGUGCUACAAUUUGCAGUUACUAAAUUGCCUUGUAAAUUAUUCUCAACUUAAUGCAUAUGUGUAUACUUUCAUACCAAUUUAAUGUAGGCUCUUUGUGGUUGGGUAUUGUAUCUAUUUCUUUUAGCAUAUAGAUAAUUCUCUGCAUCUACUAGUUGUUGAAGAAGUUUUUAAAACUCACUUCUCCAACGCAACCAUUCUUCAAGUGAGGAUGAACUCCCCUCCCACCACCCAACCUAAAAUUUCUAACGAUGGAUAUCAUCGGAUAUCACAUACAAAGGCCUCAUUCAUAUCAUCUACGUGUAUCCCUGGAGUCGUACUGCUGUUACUUCUGCCUCAGAGAGCUAAUGGAUUUGUGUUUGAGUGUGUGUAUGUAUGUCUGUAUGUACCUAGGUAUUGGAGUUGGCAGUCAUGUUCCACUGAUAGGUACUUUGCCCUGCACACUGAUUCUAGUUCUGAACUAGCUGAGUCCACCUUAUGCCUAAGUAAACAAGUUAAGAACAGCAUCAAAAUUUACUGUAAAGAUUUGACUUUUGUGGCUGUGGCAAAGAUGAUUGAAAGUUCCAGUUAGAAGCAUUCUUGGAUGGUUGGAAUUCACAGCGAUGAGGUUUGUGGCAAGAUAGUAGAGUCAAAUUAAUCUUAUUUCCUUACCAAUUUCUAGGUUAGAGGUGUACCCUUAAUUUUUGUAAUUACCUUUUGGGCCAUCUUUCAUUCAUCAAAGGCAGAAGAAACAGGAAAUCUUUUCAGAGGAUUUCCACUCCUUAACAGUCACAUAUUGGACAUAAGCUUGAACAACUCAUUAUUUUCCCCCUUGCAGUAGGGCCCCACUGCUGGGGCACCUCUGCCUCUGGUGUCAACCUCCUUCCUCUUAGCAAUAUGAGGAGCGGCAGUGUGGCACAGGUGGAGGAGGAGGUGGGGGCAAUGUCAGGUGUGUCACCUGGAGGGGAGAGAUUUUUGUGAGCUGUGAUUUGUGUCUUAGAGGCAAUGGAGAAGAAAGGAAAGAGAGUCCAGGCUGAAGAAAAUAAGAAUUAGAUGUGAUUCUGGGAGAGGCCUCUCAGACAUUGUUAGAAUGUUUUUUGGGGGCCUAAAAAAUUUCUGAACCAAGGACAGGGGACUGGAAAUUUGUCAUUUGUGAAUGUGUUUUCAAUUAAAUUUCUGUUACAGCUAUGUUUUUGGUGUUUAUUUCCAUUUUCCUUUACAAAAUAUGCAGAUAGGACUUCCU